GUAAUCAAUAAAAACAUACACCUACAUACGAAAACGUCGCUUUCACCUCGCAAUAAAUCCCAUUCAUGGAUCCCAUUGAACCACCCACGGCGGAGUCCGUGGACGAACUGCGGCUGAGGCUGAAGAGCAUGCGGAGGCUGAUGAAAGACAGGAACGGGUCGGGGGACUUCGAUUCCGGCAGAAGGCCCGGCAGCGCCGGUGUCAUCGACGGCAACUUCCUGAGCGUCACGUUCUCCGCCGCCCUCGUCAUCAUCAUCACCGUCAGCAUCUACGCCUUCUACAACCUGUACGUGGCGGUGAUGAAGAAGUUCACGCACGUCCACGACGAAUUGUAGUUCGACCUGCGGGUUGUUGGGGGUAUUACGGUGUUAAUUAAUAAAUUAAGUCGAAAGGACUGUAGGUAGUAUGUGUUAGAAACUUCGGUGCUACUUCCAUUCGAGGGGUCAUAAGAGGCAGCGAGGAGACCUGAUUUGACACCCUCAGAUGCAAAUAGAUGAUUCUAAGAUACCCUAGUACAAGUAACAGUAGCGUUCAAAUUCAAUUAUCGGUUUUUGAUCACUUUUUUUAACACCAUACAGCCUAGUUUACAUAAGCAAUGUUAGUAUUCUUUUGCUAUUUUGAUUGAAUUGAUGAUAUAAGUAGCAGAAGUUCAAUAUUAUAAGACAACGUGUCGUCAAUUUUAAUUUGUGCUCUUCGAUACUAGAUAUGCACUAAUCUGCAAUAAAUAAAACAUAUAAUAAGCCGA